AUGGCUGGCCCGACAAAAGAGAAGAGACAACAGUCUCUAACCAGUUUCUUCACUCCCAAGACCGUGAACGCCACUCCUCGCACGCCUUUGGGUCAAGCCCAUGAGCCUGCCAACUCUAAUGUGCAUGUCGACAGUUUCCUCGACGUGCCCCAAAAACGACCACUCGAGGAGGAUACCGACAACGGCAACCCGGCGCCGGUAAGGAAGAAGUCCAAGAGCACUCUUGUGGAGCGGCAGAGCACUACUCUUCCUAGAUCCAAAGCCGAGAGUCUCCCUGUUGCUACGCGUCCCAGUCAGCCGAACGCCCGCACGGAACGCUACCUUUAUGAUGGGUCGAGCCCCCGCGACGGACAGCACACGGUCAACGAGGAUGAACAGCAACAGGAUGAUGCGGAGGAGAAGAGGAGGAAAGAAGUGCUGCAUCGCAAGUUUGUGCAGAAACUCGGCCGGCCCGACAGCAUCGCACUGAUGAAGCGACGCAAUCACCAAAUUGACGAUGAGACUCAUGCUCUGAAUAAUGAAGACGGCGAGGAGGAAGAGGAAGACGACACGCCACAACCCACAAAGGCGAGGAAGAAGGGCGCCAAGACUGGCAAGCUCACACCAAUGGAGAUACAAUUCCUCGACAUCAAGAGGAAGCACACGGAUACGCUCUUAAUUGUUGAGGUUGGCUACAAAUUUAAAUUCUUUGGCGAGGAUGCACGAAUUGCUGCGAAAGAGCUUAGUAUAGUCUGUAUCCCUGGUAAGCUUCGCUACGAUGAGCAUCCAUCAGAAGCCCACCUCGAUCGCUUCGCGUCUGCAAGCAUACCCGUCCAUCGGCUCCCCGUCCAUGCGAAACGCCUGGUUGCUGCGGGCCACAAAGUUGGCGUUGUGCGCCAGAUUGAGACUGCAGCGCUGAAGAAAGUGGGAGACAACAGAAACGCCCCCUUUACAAGAAAGCUCACAAACGUCUAUACAAAGGGAACGUACAUCGAUGAAGUAGGGGAACUCGAUCAGCAAACAGAUGCCACUACUCCCGCGGGCGGUUAUCUCCUCUGUAUCACUGAGACGGCAGCCAAGGGUUGGGGCACCGAUGAGAAGGUUGAUGUAGGAAUUAUUGCUGUUCAGCCUGCCACAGGCGAUAUCAUCUAUGACAUAUUCGAAGACGGCUUCAUGAGAAGCGAGAUUGAGACGAGGCUUUUACACAUAUCGCCUUGCGAGUUCCUCAUAGUUGGCGAGCUUUCAAAAGCGACAGACAAGCUUAUCCAGCACUUAUCCGGCAGUUCCACAAAUGUAUUUGGCGACAGAAGUCGUGUUGAGCGGAUUGCCAAGUCUAAAACGCUGGCCGCCGAGGCGUAUUCACAUGUCACCCAAUUCUACUCCAAUAAACUAAAAGAAAAUGAAGGGGAUGACCAUGCCAGCGCGCUGUUGAACAAAGUUUUAAAGCUGCCCGAAGCUGUCACCAUCUGUCUUUCUUCAAUGAUCAACCACUUGAAAGAGUACGGUCUUGAGCAUAUUUUUGACUUGACUAAAUAUUUCCAGUCUUUCAGUGCUCGGCAGCAUAUGCUGAUUAAUGGUACUACCCUAGAGAGCUUGGAAGUGUACCGCAAUCAGACCGAUCACUCCGAGAAGGGGAGUCUCUUCUGGGCUUUGGACAAGACUUUGACUCGCUUUGGCCAGCGACUUCUUCGCAAGUGGGUUGGCCGCCCACUGCUUGAUAAAGAGCGCCUAGAAGAACGUGUUGCAGCUGUUGAGGAGCUCCUCAAUAAUGCCUCGACCGCCAAGGUCGAUCAGCUAGAGCAUACUCUGAAAACCACAAAAACCGACCUCGAGCGAAGUCUAAUCCGUAUCUACUACGGCAAAUGCACCCGUCCAGAGUUGUUGGCGGUGCUUCAGACCCUACAGAGAAUUGCUUCCGAAUUCACUCGCGUCAAAGACUCGUCAGACGCUGGUUUUAGCUCAGCAGCGAUAAGCGAAGCUAUCGCUUCUCUACCGCUUAUACUCCCUACUGUCCUCUCUUAUCUAGAACGCAUUAAUGCAGAAGCUGCCCGAGCUGACGACAAAUACGCGUUCUUCCGGGAGACCGAAGAGACGGAAGCUAUCACUGAUCACAAAUUAGGAAUCGCCUCGGUAGAACAAGAACUCGACGCCCACCGCAAGGUGGCCUCGUCGAAGCUUAACAAGAAAUCGCCAGUAUCCUAUGUGACGGUAGCUGGUAUCGAGUACCUCGUGGAAGUAGCAAACUCAGAUCUAAAACAUGUCCCGGCAUCAUGGAUCAAGAUCAGUGGCACUAAGAAGCUCUCGCGUUUCCACACCCCAGAAGUUGUGCGCCUAAUAUCGGAGAGGGACCAGCACAAAGAGGCCCUCUCCGCCGCCUGCGACGUGGCAUUCGCAUCACUUCUUCGAUCUAUAGCCUCAGAGUACCAACCCAUUCGGGACGCUAUCUCCUCUCUUGCGACCCUGGACUGCCUCCUCUCGCUCUCCAAAGUCGCCGCUCUACCAGGCUACACAAAACCCGACUUCCUCCCUUCCGACACGCCGCCCACCAUCUCCGUAACCGCCGGCAGAUAUCCCAUUGCCGAGCAAACCCUCGCCACCUCCUACAUCCCCUUCAGCACCACCCUCGCAUCUCCAACACCCCUGGCACACCUCAUAACAGGCCCGAAUAUGGGUGGCAAAUCCUCUUUUGUCCGCGCCGUCGCGCUCCUCGUCCUCCUCGCACAAAUCGGCUCCUACGUCCCAGCCGACUCGUUGUCACUGACGCUGGUUGACGCAAUCCACACGCGCAUGGGCGCCCGCGACAACCUGUUUCGCGGCGAAAGCACCUUCAUGGUAGAAGUCUCCGAGACAGCGCGCAUCCUGCGCUCUGCCACGCCCCGGUCCCUCGUCAUACUGGACGAGCUGGGCCGCGGAACAAGCACGUAUGAUGGCGCUGCUAUUGCGCAAGCUGUCUUGCAACAUGUCGUUGAGGACAUCCGGUGUCUGACUCUCUUUAUCACGCAUUACCAAAGCCUCGCCCGUGUCGCCGACGGGCUCGCGGGCAGGUGUACAAAUGUGCACAUGCGAUUCACAGCUGCCAAUAAACGGCGCUGCAACGGCGGUAAUAGCAGUAUGAUUGAGUCGCAGGAUGAGGAUUUGGGUCGAGACGAAGGUCAUUGCCAUGGUGAUGAGGAGAUUACAUUCCUAUAUGAGGUUGGCGAGGGUGUAGCUCACAGAUCUUAUGGUCUCAAUGUUGCACGCCUGGCACGGAUCCCGCGCAGAGUGCUAGAUGUAGCAGCCCAGAAAUCGCAACAAUUGGAGGAUGAGAUAAAAAGACGCAGAUUAGGCGGCGCCACCAAAUUAUUGGCAGACGUCCUAGCUAAUGGUUCAGAUCAGCUUGAUCAUCUUGUAUCUAGCAUCGAGCAGUUGUAA